AUGAUGUUCAGACUUGGCGAUGAACCGUCUGAGUGCCGCCUGAUUGACUCGCGCGGACGACGUCGUCCGCUUCUUUUCGUCGCUUCGUCCGCACCACGUCUUCUACGUCUUGCCACCAAUCUCACCGAAGUCACCAUACUCAUGAAAGAAGUGGACGCGUUUCCUUACUCCGUUGCCGUGUCCGAGCCAGGAUUUACACUAUGCUCUCCACACGCUCUCAUCAGCACCAUUUCGGACGCUUAUACAGGCUAUGUCGACAUGACCAUAGAGAAGGGCCGUCUCGAGUACACAUUCGCGUUCUUCUCUAUAUAA